UUCCCUGUCAUUCAGGGAUCAUUUAAAAAUGUCAUUUGAAGAAGUUCCACCAUCAGGUAACAGCGCACAGGCAUCGUCCAACUUUGCUCAUGUAAUCUUUCAGAAUGUGGCAAAAAGUUACCUUCCAAAUGCAUCACUUGAAUGCCAUUAUACCCUUACAUCAUUUCUAAAGCCGCACCCUAAGGACUGGGUUGGAAUUUUCAAGGUUGGUUGGAAUACAGCUCGAGAUUAUUAUACAUUUUUAUGGUCACCGACACCAGAUAACUAUGUGGAAGGUUCAUCAUUUGAUUGUGUUGUAUGCUUUCAAGGCUAUUAUCUUCCAAAUGAUGAUGGAGAAUUUUAUCAGUUUUGCUAUGUGGCGCACAAGGGUGAAAUCCGUGGAGCUAGUACCCCAUUUCAGUUCCGAACUGCUUCACCUGUAGAAGAACUUCUUACUAUGGAAGAUGAAGGAAGUUCUGAUAUGUUGGUGGUUACUACCAGAGCUGGUUUCCUUGAGCAAAAAAUAGAAAAAGCAUUUAAAGAGAAAGAAGAAUUGCUGUUGUUGAAGAUGGCAAUGGAAGAAGAAAGUACACAACUAAGGGAGACUGUUAAGAUCCUGGAGAAGAAGCUUACACAAGAAAAGGAAAAUUAUGAAAAGAUCCUACAAAAUUACAAGAGUCAGGUAAUGGUGUUAGAAGCACUUGGAGCAGAGAAGCAAGAACUUCAAGUCAAAUGUGAUGGAUUUUCUUCAAGAGUCUUGCAACUUGAAAAUGAUCUGGCAACUAUCAGCCAGAAAAUUAUUGAAAAAGAAACUGAAAUAUAUAGCUUAAAAGACCAGCUAAAGAAAGCUAUGCUUGAGAAAGAGCAACUGGAGUGUCUUCUGAAAAAUGAAAAGGAUGAGAAGGAGCUCUACAAGAUUCACUUGAAGCAAACAUAAAUUGAGAAUACACAGCUAGUGUCUGAGAUUCAGACACUGAAGAAACUGGGUGCAAGUAAUGAAGGCCUCUUGGUUCAUUACAAAGAUGAAGUGGGUAGACUGCAGCUGUGUAUAGCCGAAAAAGAGAAAAUGCGAAAGGAUGUUGUGUGUGCUUCAUCCACUGUGGAAAGUGUAGAGCAGCUGAAAGAACAGCUCAGAGUAGCUGAGGACAUAAUCCAAGCAAGUAAGGAGGAAGCAAGUUUAAUGGCAAAGGAACUUGGUGAUGUUGCAAAUGUACGUGACAAAACCAUGGCUGAACUCCAUAAUGCACGAUUAGAGAAUGAUGCACUGAAGAAGAAGUUAUCUGAAGUUGAAGCUGUGAAUAAAGCAAGGGAGAAGUUUGGACAGCUAGCAACAAGCAGUACAACAAAGCAGGAAGUCACAGAUGCUACUACAGAGCAGGAAUUGCGUCGAGAGGUUGAGGAUUUGAAACUCAGGCUUCGAAUGGCUGGAGAACACUACAAAGAGAAAUACAAAGAGUGUCAAAAACUGCAGAAGCAAGUGAAUAAGCUUACUGAACAAGCUGAGAUGAAAACCCUGGAACAAAGUCAACAAAAUAUGAAACUUGGUGAAGUGAACUCUGCCUUGACAUCUACAGUUCCACUAUUUAAUGCUACACCUCCAUCGACUCCAGUUUCAUCCAGUUCCAGUUAUGAAAUGAUGGUUAAAGAGCAAGUGCAAGAAAUGAGCAAGGAUGUUGCUGAAAAAACAGAAAAGUAUAAGAAGUGCAAACAGAUGCUUGAGGAAAAAGAAACAUGCAGAUCACUUACUGAUGAACUAAACAAGUCAACAGUGAAGCUGAAGAUGUAUAUGAAAUUGAAUGAUGAUUUGAAACUUCAGCUGGCUGUGAAAGAAGAUCAGUAUAAGAUGGCAGAAAAGGACUGCAAAAUAAACCAGCUUGCAACAAAACUGGAAACCCUUACAAAGGACAUUGAAAAAGUGGAUUUGAGUAAGGGACAAGUACUGAAGCUGGAAAAUCAUUCUGAACAGGUGAAAGAAGGGCAGAGUUCACAAGCUCCACUGUCUCAAGCACCUCAGCAGCCAUUUCUGUAUUAUCGAAAUCCAUAUUGUCAGGAUGUUGGACUAUCACCUGAGGAACGUGACCAAUCGCGUCUGCUUCAGUUUGGCAAUCCCUACGUAGCCCAACACAGGAGAGAUGGAGCAGAUGGUGCAUUUUAUCCUGAUGAGGUCCAGAGACCACCAAUAGAUCCACCAUCCUGGAGGCUGGAUGGGAGUGUUGUCUGUAACCAGCCUUCUCGUAACCUUAGUCGUCCAGAUGGACUUGAAGACCCUGAGAAUAGUAAUGAUGAAGAUGAGAAUGUGCUUGCAACCGAACAAGUGACUGAUUUGACUGCUGCUGUUUUUUUGCGUGUUUGCACAUACCCGUGGUUUGCUUUGAGUGGAUUAAAGCUUUUAAAACCUUUGCUGGACCGGAUUUAUUUGUGCCUGAAGAUAGUGGUGAUUGUAUUCUCAGUUUUGACUUUCCACUAUUUUGCUCAAGUUUGCUUUAUAAGUUUAAAUUUUGUUUUGGGAUAA